UUUUGCAGUGUAUAGCAGAACAAUGGAUGGUGUCUCACUAGGUGGUUCUUAAACUUGUCACAGCAUUGCUGAAGGGACCAUGAUGUGACACACUCCCCUAAGAGCAUUUUUAUAUCGGAUUCACAUGGGUCCCUUUUUCUUUUUCUUUUUUUAUUGCUUUUCAUGCUAUGGUACAAGCCUGGGUUGGCUGGUUUCUUGAGUAGUGUGCCCUCAGAUUUAAGUAGAAUGGUUGUACAGAAACGAACCCAUUUUUAUUGUUUACUAUUUUGGAGGCUAUGUAAACUGUGUUGUAGGGCUGCCAUGGGAACCCUUUUAGGAUACAUGGCAUCAUGGACUCCAUGAAGUAUCAGGUGAUUUUAAAUUACUGGCUGCCUCUGCCAGGAACUUACAGCUGGGUCCUGUUUGGAUCUUCCAGCAAAACAUAGCCCAAAUCCACACAAAAAUGGUUCAAUGUUCACAGAAUCACACUAUGGCCAUCAUAGUCCCCUGACCUAAACCCAACUGACAUGUGAGUUGAGCUGAGGAGGAAAAUACUAGGACCCUGGAGGAUCUGUAUUGACUCUGUAUAAAGGAGUGGUCUCUAGAUUCCUAGUAUUCACAAAUCUCUUCAAGCAUUAGAAGACAAGAAUAAUUCACUUCAAUUAAGUCAUUGCCCUUUUGCUGUUCUACCAUGGGUACGGCUUAUGAACUGUGUAAUGAGCUAUUCAGUUGGAUUGAUAAGCAGGAGCAAUGUGCAGAAGAUCUCAUGGGUCUAGCAGAUGAACUGGGGGAGAUAAUGAAGGCAAAGAACAAACGCCAGUUGCAGAUAAACCCAGCAACCUUGAUUACUUCCUUCAGCAUGCUCAUUUUCGGCAUUUCAUUGUUUUCGCUGUCAGUUCUGCCUGCACUUGGUGUUGCGUUCGUGCUAUUGGGAUGUGUUUCAUGUGGACUGAGUUCUCUAACUCAUCUUACACACACAAUUGUGAAGAAAUGGAAGUCCAGUACAGCAAUGGAAAAUGCAGAGAAAACAGCUGAUGAAAUUAAAAAGAUUCUGAACAAUAUUGAGAGGCUCCAGAAGAAGCUGACAGAGGAGUGUGAGAUUCAAGGCCUUAAGGCCUCAUCCUCCGAUGAAGUACAGUGUGAAAUCACAGCAAGGAUCCUGAAAGCCAUGGCCAAACAGAAGAAGAAAGAUCUGCCUCUCAAUUGCCUUAGGCACCUCUUGAGGAAUGAAGACAUAGCUUCAGGGAUUCAUUUAGACAAAACCUUCUACCGAAAUGUCAGUGUUUUGCUAAAAGUUAUUGGAUAUUCUUUCUUCUCUCUGAAAACAAUAACACAAACAGACCAGGUCACAGAAGAAGUCCUUGGGCUGGUGUUGACACUUCCUGAUUCGGUUAAUAACUCUGAAAAACUGAUUAAAAACAAACAACAACCAGAAGAUAUCAACUUUCUGAAGACAAAAGCUAAUGAAAUUUUUGAGGCUAUGAAGAAAUUAAGGAUGCAACUGAAUGACAUAAAAGAGAUACUACUUCAAAUGGAAUGUGACAUCGAUUUAACUGAGAAGAUAGUUGGUUCUCCAAUCUACAAAGGCACCAUUUACAUAAAAUACAAGCAGUACCAAGCGCAGAUAGAGAACUUUAUUGUCAUGUGUUCAAACCACACAGGACAGAAGGGCAUAGGAGCAAAAUGUUCCCCAGGCGAACGCAAAUUAAAUGGGAAAAAGGAGUCACAGGAGUCCACUGGAUCAGAAGUCAGUACUUCUGAUGGAGUAGAUAAGAGGAAGAAACUUACAUCUGAGCAGAACCAAUCUGAUCUACAGCGUCCUAUAGAAAAAAAGGAUUUGAAGUACAGACUGCCACAGAUAACCUUAUCCAACGUGCGCUCACUUCCAAACAAAAUGGACGAGCUCAAAGAAUUGUUGAUGAUAACUGAAGAUGAAAAUUAUUUUAAUACGAGUGAUCUGAUUUUCUUCACAGAGACAUGGUUAAAGGAAAACUCACGUGAUGUCACCUUGACAGACUUUGAGUAUGAUCAUCACAGGUUAGACCGUAAUAAGAAGAAAACUGAGAAAAGUAAAGGAGGGGGACUGAUAGCAUAUAUAAAAAUGAACUGCGCAGACAACUUUGAAAUGGAAGCCAUUAAUACACCAAACUAUGAGUUACUGAGUUUAUUCAUUAAACCAAUGGACCACCCUGAGGAUAGUCCAGCAUUGAUCUUUAUCCUUGUGUAUAUCCCUGGGCGUAAAAAUAUAAAAGAUACCAGAGAAAAGAUACAUAAACAUUAUGAAACUGCCGCUGAGAUUAAUAAUCGUGGUCCUGUUUUCUUAUUGGGUGAUUUCAACAAGUGCAAAGUCACUCUUAACCUGAAGCAAUAUGUCAAAUGUCCAACCAGAGGUACGAAAACCCUUGAUAUGUGCUAUGGGAAUGUGCCAGGGGCUUAUAGAUGUGUAUGCAGUAGACCACUUGGCAAGUCAGACCAUAACGUAAUUCAUUUGCUUCCCAAAGACAAUCCCGAGUCAGAUAGCGAAGAUGAGCAAUGUAAACAUGAGGAUGUUAAAGCCAGCGAGAAAGAAAGAGCAAGAAUAGCGCAAGAAAAAGCAAGAAUAGCGCAAGAAAGAGCAGAAAGAAAAACCCAGAGAGCAACAGAAGUCCACCUUAGGAUGAGACGUUAAACCAAUGUCCUGACUCCCUGUGGUCAAUAAAAAUCCCAGGACACUUCUCAUAAACUAGUAGGGUUAUAACCUCGGUGUACAACCCUUAUACACAUUUUCCUAUUGACAAACCUCAGAUAUAAGCUGUGUACAAACUAUGUAAUGAUAAACAGUUUUGCCCCAUAAAUAUAAUAGAGUACCCUAUUAACGUCCUUAUUUUUUAAAAUCAUAUAUAGACUUUAUUUACAUUUAAGUACACAUUGAGAAAGAACAAGCCUUGUGAACCUUAGCACCAGAGACACCACUGUGUCACUGACUUGAGAAAAGACUCUUCUCCUUCGCAUCAAAGUAAAAAAAAAAAAAACAGCUAGAAUCACAAGUAAAUAAUUACCAGUAGAGUAAUUAUUAUUUAAGUAUUUAAAUAAGAGCUAACUCGUUACAGUGUGAAGUCAGAAAUAUGCAACUUUCGACAUCCAUGUGUUUGAGUGAACUGUAUACUCAUUGUUAUAAAUUUAACAAGCUAAUAUAUAUGUACACCGAUCCAAAGCACAUCCAAAGCAAAUACAGUAGAACUCAUUUAAAAUGAAAGUGCUGCUUUAAGGUUGAUGCUGUGAGCUGCCAUGGUGAUUUGAUGUCACUUGCUGCACUUGGCAUUGAGGAGAGCUUCACGUGUUUCUGAGUAGGAAUUCCAUGUUUGGGGGGGGUUCUUGUUUUUUUGUUAAAAAGGUGUAAAGCUACCGUGUUGCUAGUCUACAAUUUAUUCAAACAAAUUGCUUUGCUACUUAUUAUGAUGCUAAUUAAAGACAUUUUAUUGAGGUUUACCAUCAUUCCCCAGAAGGAUCUGUAAAAGUAUCGCAGGACCUGGGCAACACAAACCCACCCACAAAAAUUGCAUAAUGUAGACUGGGUGUGGAUGGUACCAAUAAGUAUCGUGUAAUUAUCUUAUUAACUUAGGUGAACAACUCAUAUAUUACAUACCAGAGAAAGGGUAAUAAGUGCGUAUUUAGUGUGUAACUUUACAUUUGUGUAGUCAUAUUUUACAUUAUAUUAUACUGUAUUUUACUAGAUUACACAUAUUUUACAAUUUAUACUAAACAUAUUUUACACUAUAUUAUACUGUAUUUUCCUAUACUACACAUUUUACACUAUUGUACUGUAUUAAACAUUUUACACUCUAUUAAACAUUUCACACCUUAUUAUUCUGAAUUAAACAGAUUUUACACUAUUAUAUACUGAAUUAACAUAUUUUACACUAUUAUAUACUGAAUUAAACAUUUUACA